GUUAGUACUAACUACCUGGUAUGUGCAUACUCCGUACCUAGUAACUAACUAAUACAUGUAGUAUUAUGUAGCAUUGAAACAUGCAGCUGCAUGCUCUUAGUCUCUGGGAUUCGGUUCAAUUCAUCUUUUUUUAUUUAUUAAAAUCAGAAAGGCGAAGGUGGCCUUUCGACCUUUAUACAUACCUCGUUAUCAUUCUUCGCAUUCCUUAACUCCACACCAUCAUAACUUGAAUAUUCCAAUGCGGCGUCUACGGUGAUUUCAUCUUUCCUUUACUUUACUUUACUUACUUUUAUAUCUCCCCCUGUUAGGUUUUGUCUUGUCAUUGAGUUCCCCGUACCCUUACUUGUAACCCCCUCCCGGGUUGCGCAAUUGUUUCGACAUGCCUGCGAAGUCUAGAUUUACGAGGCUAGAUGCCUUCACGAAGACCGUCGAGGAUGCGCGCAUACGAACCACCUCUGGUGGAAUUGUCACCAUCGUAUCGCUUCUUGUUGUUUUUUACCUAGCUUGGGGAGAAUGGUCUGACUAUAGGAGGAUAGUUAUCCACCCCGAACUUAUCGUCGACAAGGGCAGAGGAGAGAGAAUGGAAAUUCACAUGAACAUUACUUUCCCUAGGCUUCCUUGCGAGCUCUUAACCCUUGACGUGAUGGAUGUCUCUGGCGAACAACAACACGGCGUGCUACAUGGAGUGAGAAAAGUUAGGUUGCAGCCUGUCUCCCAAGGAGGCGGCGUCAUUGAUGUGACCUCCCUAUCUCUUCAUAGCAAGGAUGAGAGCGCCGACCAUCUGGAUCCCAACUACUGCGGUGGAUGCUUUGGCGCACCUGCCCCAACCACCGCUGCGAAACCCGGUUGCUGCAAUACUUGUGACGAGGUCCGAGAAGCUUAUGCACAGGUAUCCUGGGCUUUUGGUAAGGGAGAAGGGAUUGAACAAUGCUCGCGGGAACAUUAUGGUGAGAAGUUGGAUGAGCAGCGACACGAAGGAUGUCGCAUCGAAGGCGACAUUCGUGUUAACAAGGUUAUUGGCAAUUUUCACUUUGCACCAGGCCGGAGUUUUAGCAAUGGCAACAUGCACGUUCACGACCUGAAGAAUUACUGGGACAGUCCUGUCCGUCACUCAUUCGAGCACGAGAUCCACCAACUUCGCUUCGGUCCUCAGCUUCCCGAAGAUGUCAGCCGGAAGCAUGCCAAGAGUAGUCCUUGGACCAACCACCACAUAAAUCCGCUCGACCAGGUCAAGCAGACUACCGAUGACCCCAACUUUAACUUCAUGUAUUUCGUCAAAGUUGUUCCUACCGCGUAUCUCCCGCUAAGCUGGUCAAGCUCCAGUGGGAGUGGCCAUCAAGCUGUUGACGAAGAUUUCUGGCUAGGGAGCCUGGGCCAUGGGACGGAUGGUAGUAUGGAGACGCAUCAGUAUUCAGUUACGAGCCACAAGAGGAGUCUGACCGGUGGCGACGACGCAGCUGAGGGCCAUCAGGAACGAAUGCAUGCGAGGGGUGGUAUUCCAGGCGUCUUCUUCUCCUAUGAUAUUUCGCCCAUGAAGGUUAUCAACCGCGAGGAGCGUGCUAAGACCUUUAGUGGUUUCUUAACAGGUCUCUGUGCCGUGCUUGGUGGUACACUCACAGUAGCCGCGGCUGUCGACAGGGGAGUGUAUGAGGGCGCAACACGGCUGAAGAAGCUCCAGUCCAAGAAUCUAUAAAAAAAAAAAAAGAAUACCUAGGCUAGGUGGUGGGUAUCUUAUAACAUAGUUGUAAACUAAACACAAAACUUGAUCGCGUUAGGCUCUUUACUACAAUCAUAAUGCAUUGGAACAUUGGAGUUGCUGGCGAGUUUGGAAAUCCAUCAAUGCCUUUCCAUGUCUUAACCAAGAUAUAUAUGGAUGUAUAUAUGUACUACAUAUGUAAGCAGGUAGGUACUAUGUACUUUAUAUACGCAUGUGCGAAUUGCAACACUCAGUAUUCUAUUCAAGUCGCACGUAUAUAUAGGUAUGUAUUAUUAUAUACAAGUUGAGAGUCUUCAAUGUUCCUAGGGUUUGGCCCCUCUGAGCUUAAUGGUUCUUGCUUUUCAUUAUUUCAUUAUUUAAUGAACUUCAAGUUCUCUAUUAAACCUAAUGGUACAUACAUCAAGUAUGUUGGAACAUUUAU